CUCCUGUAUUAUUAUUUUGAUGAUUACCUGAUCAGUGUGGUAUUAUCUUGCACGCAUGGUUAUUUAAUGUUGACCAGCUUUGGAGCAAACAGCUGCACGUGGUCUGUCAUGAGAACAUCUUUCGGUACAUUGUAUGUGGGAAGCUAAUUAGAGAUGAUACAAUAAAAACCACAUAUAUACUUUCUUCUCGACUUCUUUUUGUAUAUGAGAUGAUUUUUGUUCCAAACCUGGUCCCUGAAAUUUCCUAACCUGUUUCAGCAGAAAAAUUUCCCAAUCUUUUGCAAACAUUUUUCUUCAUUUGCUUAUUUCAAUAAGAACGUAAGAGAAUAUCUCUGUUCAUACGACAACACUUGCUUGAUAUGACACAUAGAUCAUGAUUCUAAAUCGGAUAGGAGCUCUGAUGGUAGGAUUGCAAAUCGUAGAAUCUUAACUACCAGAAACGUUAAAACGUAGAAUCGACUAACCAAAAUUGUAGAAUCAGAGUGGUUAGUUUGGAUUGUAAAGUCGUAGAGUCGUACAACAGAAUCAUGAUUCUGGCAACCUUGUAUGCACUCGAACGCCAUAAUUGGUUGGGCGAUAACAGCCAUUGUGUGGCUGCUGCUCUAUGAACAAUUAGUGUAACAAUUCAUAAACACACCAUACAUCAAAACCCAAGUGAAAGCAUCUGCGUCUUACUAUUAAAUAACAGACUUGGCUUUGCCACUUUGCAAGAAUCUUGAGAAUAUGAACAAAGUGCAUCAAGAUGGAAAUUACUUCUCUUUUAGAAGAUGAUGAAUUGCACAGAUGCCUAACUGAUGAAUUUCAAUUUAAUCCGUACUCUUGUGACGUGCUUAAUUUUGACUUCAUCAGGUGUUAAAGAAUAAAGACUAUACUGGUUUAGUCCUGUCUGUGAAGCUCACCUACCCAGUCCAUGCUAUGACCUGAGGUGACUACUUUGUUAGGCCUCAUUCGGUUUGGAGGAUUUUCGUAGGAAAAACAUAGGAACAAGGAUUCCGGAGGAAAAUUUCCUAUAUAUGCAUUCGGUUUGUAGGAAAUGCGUACAGGAAUUUCGUAAGAAUACUACUCAUUUCCUGUGUUUUUGGAGGAAACUACACAUCCACUCAAAACUCAUUUUGCGCGUAGGAACGAGGCAAGUCAAUUCCUUAGGAUGGCAAGUGCCAUCCUAUCAAAUUCCUAUACCACUCCUAAUUCCUACGUUUUAAUUUCCUCCAAACCAAAUGAGCCCUUAGAAGUUUGUAUGAUACCAGGAACCAAUUAGGUCUGAUCGAUUCUGUCAAUAGGGCCCAGGAUGCACAUGCAUUGUGCCACAGUUUGGCGGUUAGAUUAUCUCUGAAUCAUCCACUACCUGUUCUGAUUAGUGAGACUGACCUUUGCUUACCAUGAGUGUGCCACAGGUGUCCAUAUCUACCUCGGUGAAAGUAUUUACUUAUCUUGAGUCAGGCCAAGCCAGUUGCAGCCAAAAGUCCAUUCUUUUGUCUCCUGGACCAUUCAAUUAUGAGACUAGUAUGCUUAUAUAAAACCAGGCCUUGCAUUUGAGGAUCUCAGCUACUGUCUGGCUUUCACCUCUGACUAAAGAUUGGCUAUAGAGAAUGGCCCUCAAGGUGUUCAGUUGGCUGAAUCGGAAGAUGCAUUCCAAUGCGGAGUACUGCACCAUUGAUGAUAAUAAGGCCAUGGAGAAGGAAGACUCUGUGCGCGCGCGCGCGAGUGUGGCUGAGCAAGACACUGAAGCCCUGCUGCUCCGUGAUGUGCUUCUUAAUGGCAUACUUGCGAUUGGCACGCUUGGCCACAACAUGAACUCCCCUGAGGCCCGCCAUGAACAAGAUGAGUUCAUCGUCAUGGAUGAAGAAAAGGUGGACCAAGAGAAGUACGAAGAGGAAAAGUGUGAGGACAAAGAAGAGGCAUUCGCUACAGCACCAAGUGCACCAGAACCUGCUAUUGAACCUGCCAGGAUGCAUUCAUCGUCGAUGAAAGAAUACAACUUCACGUGUUCUGUAAAGGAAGAAAUCCUGAUGUGUGAAGUUGAAGUGGAGGAUAUCUCUAAAAUCCAGGAACAACCACUUCUGAUGGCAGAGAAGGUUGAGAAAGUGAGAACUACACUUGCUGAUCUAUUUGCAGCCGAAACAUUCUCACCAAGUGAUACAGGGGAGAAGAGUCACCAGAAGACUGUUAUUAUUGCUGGGGCAUCCACUUCAAAACCUACAUUGUGCAUGGAAAAGACACAUAAAAAGAAGCCAAUAAAGCCAAUGCCAGAUCCUCUGAAGGCUACGAGAAAAUUAAGUCGAGUCGUGAAGAAGAUGCUGGGGAAGAAGAUCCACCCAGAGCAGCUCAAUGGACGUAGUAAUGCAGAGGAACCUCCGCUGCUUGGUGCCUAGGCUCGCGGACAAGUUUGUUUUCUCUAUCUGGAUCAUGUUACGUUCCAUUGGAUCCCUACAGUGCCCCGGAGGUCCGGAUUCCUUUGCUGGAGAGAAGCAUCCAACCACAACGUACUACGUUGGCCGACAAUGUUUCCGUGCCUCAUCAGCUGCCUGUUCGCCCGCCAGUGACGAAGAAUAGCCUGCUGCCUAAAUAUAUCUAUCUAUCUAUCUAUCUUGUCUAUUGUUUAUUACAUGUUGAUUCCCGUGUGUAAAGCUAGCCACAGUUGCGGUGUCCUGUCCUGUCCUGUAAGAUGGAUCGAUGUUCUCGUGGUACUGCAUGUCCCCGUGCGUCGGUAUCAAUAAACCCUCCGCUUUCUUUA